UACUCUGUUGGCUGGCAUAGUGAAUACAUGUGUCACAGACUCGAGUUAAUCAUCUUUGUAGAAGCGUAACGAGAUCAUUGAAAUUUGGCGGUAACAUAACCUUAUGGUGACCUUAGUGAAAGAACGCAUAAAUGAUUUUUUCACGUUCCCUCUGUUUUAAUAUCGUCCGCGAAAUAUGAAGGAACUGGAUGAAGUCAAGUGCGAGAUUCGCAACGUUGUAGACAUUCAAUGCUCAUUUUCUACUCAAUCAAGUAACACCGAAGAAGAUCAUGGUGGAUUAUCGCAUAAUACACAAGUGUAUAGCAGUUUUGAUAGUUCUCACGGAGGGUUUUCAAAUGACGCCAAGUAUGCUUGGCUGAGCCAUGGUUCUCAUUUGAUAGUUCUUAACGCAAAAACUGGAGAAAAUAUCAGUUCGUGGACUUUUCGAUGGAAGAUCACCUGUGUAUGUCAAUUUCCUGCGCAGCCUGGAGAGUUACCAUUACUUCUUGUUGGUUUAGAUAACGAAGCCACCAGAAUCAAAGAUUCUAUGGGCUUGUUAUGUGUCUUCGACACUACUACCUCUCGGAUUUUAAGAGCCAUAAGAAUGCCAGUUGGGGUCGAACAGGUUUGCGUUGUGUCUGGUGGUGCAGACUGGGAGGAAUUCAACGAUAAGAGACCGGACAAUUUUUUAAUGCAAAUGGAUGGGAUAGCUUGUGUGGUACUACGCAAUCUCUAUCAUCUAAUGAUAGAUCUUCAGAGAUCUACCUGGGAGUUACUUGACGAUUUGUCUCUUGUUUUGGACGAAACAUCUCCGGCUGAAGUAGAGUUUCUAACAACAAAGGAUUCGCUUAGCAGACAUCAAGAAAACAAGAGUAAACACAUGGUUUGCAACUUGCUGAAUCCACGUAUAGAGAAGCAUAUCGGCUUCAACAGAGAGGAAUUCGAGUCGACUGGUUUUUUAGACGAAAGAUUGACAAACGCUAUUAUCAGUUCCACGAAAAUCGGUUGUUUAAUAUCUGGAUGCCUCGGUAGAGUUAUAAUAUGGCAAAACAAUGGUUCUGUUGGGUGGAUCAGUUUGCCGGUCGACGAGACGAUGAUAGUUACGCAUCUGGCGUUAUUGGAACCAGCCGACGACCCAAGACCUUUCUACUAUUUAUGGGUCGUUUUCCAAGACGAUACGUCGAAGGUGCCUCCACUUUUGAGAAUGUAUGCCUUAUUGUUCGAGCGAAAAUACUGUGAUAGAGGAACCAAUUUGUAUUUCAAUCUAGAAGCAGAACCUAGCCUUAAGUUCGAAUUCGAAUUGGACGCUGACGACAGAGUGGUCAGUCUGUCUGCCAUCGAGAGAGGAACCAAUUUAGAUCAGACGGAGUCUGAAUUGAAACGCGGCGAGGACAGUUCGUUACUGAUCUUAACAACCAGCCGAACGUUGUUGUUCGACUUGAACCAAUGGUACAAAGAACAGAUGCCACAGACCGUCGACGAUUGCAAGAAUCCGGACAGUAUAUUGGCUAGCUAUAACAUGAAAAUCCGGCCGACAGCAAGCAGCGAAGUCGUUAGCUGUAUUUAUGUUCCCCGUUCUUUGCAAGAGUUUCCGAACAACCGAUUAAGCUCGACGGAAGAACUUUUCUACCCGAACUCGUUGGCCCUGGAAUGGAUAGAAUUGGGCCAGUCUAAAUUAACAUUCUGGUUGUCACGAGGCGUCCAAGCGGAUCUGUUACAUGAACUGGCCGUCGCCGGGCCGAUUGUAUUAACUCAGCCCUCCGAGAUCUUUCACAAAUGUCUCUCCAUCGGCUUGGUUCCGUCCCACACAGAAGUGUCCUUCUCGAGCGACCAUAACGCUCAACGCGACAUGCUGCUGUCGCUAUGCUUGGAGCAACGUUGGGCGACUUUCUUGAUCAGAUGCGCCAAGGAAUGGUCGGACGGGAGCGCAGCGUAUAUGUAUCCGAGCUUCUUAAAAUGGGGCAUACAACGGGCCGCGACGAUCAAAAUGAUAGGGGAUCAUUUGUGCGUUCCGUUGUUCGACCAAUCGGGCAACAAUAUCGGUGAGUCCGAGGUACAGACAUUGAGAUUCUGUUGUCAGCAGCUGGAGUGUUUAUCGAACGUGGUGUCGAAUUUACCAUCCGAGACGGGCAGCCUUGUCAAACAGCGAAAGGCACUGAAACGCGUGUCCAUAUACUUCCAAGUGCUCCUCUGGUUCUACGACGUGGGUCUGUUACCGGAAUCGCAGGAGCUAGAAGAAGGUCGCAUUGCCCUGUCGCUUGCCAUGAAAAUACCGUAUCCGUAUGAGAAAUUGUUUUCCCUUUACAAGGAGAAGAGGGAUUUUGUGAUGGACGACGAGCAGAAGGUCGACGGCGAGGAAGUGUUCUUUAUAGAUGAACUGAUUACACGGGAAUGUCCUGCCCUGAGCUCCCAGUGGAAACGUGAAGCUGGAGACACGCUCGCGGAUGGUUAUUAUCCACCUCCGUCGUUGCAGUCUCUGCUGAGAAGCUACUUGACCGACUGCGAGCAAACCGACUCGGACGAACUCGAGUGUAAGCAUCAGAUCACCAUCUAUCUUCUGAUGGACUUGGCUAUGCUACUGCAGGGAUCUUACACCGGUGUCGACCAGCUGAUAAAGUAUCCCUCGUCGUUCAAGAUGAGCCCCAGUAUCAUAAAGCUGACACAGGCGUUCUGGCUGCUGGAUCACGAGGAUUACCAUGGGUUCUUGGACAUGAUGACCGGCCAGUUGGUCUCCGAUUCGGACGUCAAAGACUGGCAUCAUCGAUUGGUGUUGCGAACCCUGAUAAGGAACAACCAGCACAAAAUGGCCUUGAUGUAUCUGCGCGUCAGAAAGCCCCCGUUGUCGUCGAUACAGGAUCAGAGCACGUUGAUCGGCCUGGCGGUGGAGCACGGAUUAGUUCAAUCGGCCUUUCACCAUAGGCCGCAGUCCCAUUACGCGCAGCUGUUGGCGUGUUUCUUUCAAUCCUGUAAAGCAUACGGUAAACUGAACGAUAUUCUUCACUUGGCUUUAGAUACCGAGGAGGAGGAGAUGUUCGUCAAGUUUCUGGAGGAGACCGAGUCGGAGGAUAUGAAACUGCUGUAUUAUUUGCAACGUUGUCGAUACAUGGAAGCAAAUAGUGGAAACUUUACUGCCCAUUUCAACGCAACAGCAUCCAAGAACGACCACACGGACAUGCUGAACGCUUACAACGCCACCUUGCCUGACAUAAUGAAGAAGUUCUCGAUGAACAUGGGCAAAACGAGCACAGACACCGGCGUGGAACUCAGGUAUCCCAGACCAAUGACGUACAACAAGAGCUUUCAAGGGGGUUCAAACAUUUAUGAGAUGGUCAUCAAGAAGGCCAAGGAGACCUUUCACGGAGAAGAGAAGUUUGUCAUUCCUUUCGUCACUGCUCCCUGUACAACAUUGAAGAUGAACGACGAAGAGGUUAAUAUAAACUGUGUAACGACUCCAAAAAUUGUGAAAACGCACAGAAAACGUACCUUGGACGAGAUUCAGAAUGAGGAGGAGAGUGCAAUGAGAACACCGGACAGGAUAAAGCGUAGGAAACUGCUGGAGGAUGGGGACGCAGCUAUGAGUGCUGCGUUCAGUACACCUUUGGUGCAGCGAAAAGUAUCACACAGGGACACCACCACAGAGACCCCUCAUUCUAUCUUGAAGAUUAGACAGCUUAUAAGAAAUUCAACGUCUCCAAGCAUUAGUAACAUUCAGGAUGAGGUUAUGGAUGACUCGAUCUCUGACAAGGAGAAGAAGCUGAAUAGGCAAAUACGGUUUAAUAUUAGUCAGUCGAAGAAGAAUAAUUCCUACGAUGAAACCAAUGGCGAGGGGAGUCUCUCUGCGAUUAAUACGUCCGAGAAAAGCGACGAGGUACUAUUCAAUUCGACAGUAAACGAAAAGUCUUCCACAGACAGCACAGUACUGUCAGAUGGCAGCUAUACUUGUAAACACGUGUACAAUGCUCGUCCUAGACCGAGUCUCAGGAGAACUUGCCUACAAGCAUCCGUGGAAUCACUGCAAGGCUCUGACAGCAAGGGUUCGAGGAAAAGGACCUUUCUAAAUUCUCAUCAGUUUACACCGAAUCUUUUGGAAGACACUUCAAAAAUUUCCACGAGAGUCGUUACACCGCAGAUAUCGAGAAGACUCACUUCGAGAUUCUCCACUUCCAUACAUUCAAGUGCUGUACUCAGUCCAGGCAGCAGUUUCGAAGAAGGCAGUCCUUGGAGACGAAACAAUGAGAUUAGAUUAGGUAUUGGUUCGUUUGUUUCUUCGUCGAAGAGUCUUGUACAAGAGGAAUCACGCCACGAUAUCGAAGAACCGAUGAAUAUAGAUGAAGAGGAGGAAGAAGAAGAUAAUGAAGUGGAAGAAGAAGAGGAAGAAGCCAUACUGGACACAUCAUCGGACAGUCCAAUGACAUCUCCAGUUAUACCUAAAUGUAAUCACUUCAAGUUCAACAGCAGCGAUGGUUUGACCAAGUAUAAGAACGGAGACAUUUCCAAGGGCAGCAAAGACCAAGAAGACGAUGAGAUGGAAAAUUCUGACAACGAAGACGAAUUCGAAAGCUUCUCUAAUAUAUUAGGAAACAGUUCUGAUCAAUCAGCGAGCAGAGAACGCCGUUCCUUGUCGCUUGGAUUACAGAAUCAAAUCGGUACGGAUGUCCAGGAACGCACAGAUCCGAAAAACGAUGGACACUUUGACAUCACUGACGACGAGUCCUCAAACUGUGCCGAUGCAAUGGUUCUGGCUUUCAGCGAGACACCUGACGAAUCAAGAGAAGCAUCCCAAACGGCACUAGUUUCUGUGGAGAACGUGUACGACGCAGUGAACAUAACUGAUGAUGAAUCUGAUGCUAGCACAGAUGUGCUGGAACCUCAAAGGAGUAGUUCCAUGCAAAAGAAUCUACAGAAAGAGUCUAGAUUCUCUGUGAAAGAAGACAAGUACGUGGAAGAUUCAGUGCAUCUUGAUAAUAAUAAUUCGAGUGUCAGGGUGGCAGUAAACAAAUCUGUACAUGAUUCACCCGAACAUGUAGAAUCUAAAGAUAUUGUUACGACUUCUAGGUUAGACGAUGAGCCUUCAACAGUUGGCGACAGUGUGACACCAAGAGUGACCAGAUCAAGAAGGGCUUCCUCGAUAGCAAAAGAAGUAAUCUCAACGUCUGUAAUAAAUUCACCGUCGAAGGUGGUUUCGAAGACACCUGCACGAUCAAGAAGAGCAAGUUCGUUAAUGAAAGAGGUGUUGAUCGCGUCUGUCGCGACUGCCGAUGAAGGUAUUAAACGUACAGGAUCGUCUGGAUCAGAAGACUCGUCUGGAACUUCUUCGCCAAGAAAAGGUAGGGGUGUAAGAGCAUCGUCCAUAGCAAAGGACAUUCCUCCUGUGGACGAAGAAGUACCAGAAGACUCUCCAGGUUCUUCUUUCAUCAAGAGAACCAGAGGGAGAAGAGCAUCGUCCAUAGCAAAGGACACUCCUCUUGUGGAAGAAGACAGGAAAGAAGGCCCACCAGGCUUGUCUACACCAAGAAAAACCAGAGGUAGAAGAGCAUCAUCGAUAGCAAAGGAUGUUCCUUCUGUGGAACAGGAAGGGGAAGAAGAAUCUUUAGCCUUAUUGGCCAAGAGAACCAGAGGGAGGAGAGCAUCGUCCAUAGUCAACGAUGUUCCUCCUGUGGAAGAAGACAGAGAGGAAGGUUCGCCAGGCUUGUUUACACCAAGAAAAACUAGAGGCAGAAGAGCAUCAUCCAUAGCCAAGGAUGUUCCUCCUGUAGAAGAAGAAGGGGAAGAGGACCCACCAGAUGUCUCCACCCCAAAAAGAACUAGAGGCAGAAAAGCCACGUCACUAGUGAAGGAUGUUCCUUCUGCAGAGGAAAAGGAAGAAGUCAGAACACCUGUAAGAAGGAACACAAGACGUGCUGCUUCAGUGCAGAAAGAAUUACCAGAGUCAACGAAACCCUUAACGAAAAGCAGAACUUUGUCUUCGUCCAGCUUGGCAGUAGAAAAUGAGAAUGUGAAAUCACAAGAGGAAACUAAAACCUCGAAGACUAGGAGCUCGGCUUCAGGUGGAAGAAGAUUAUUGAGGUCAACAAAAGAGCCUGUCGUGAACGAAGAAGCGGUAGAAGAGGUUAAUACUGUCAGAUCAACCAGAAGACGUGGUAGUUCGGUGCCUAAAGAAGUAGUGGAUAUGGUGAGGCCUCAAAGAUCCAGCAGUGUGGCGAAGGAAGUUAUUUCAGAGAAUUUCGAGUCUUCAUUGGAGGUUACAAAAGGAAGGAGCUCGGUGGUGGCUACGAUAAGUAGUCCAGCAGUGAAUACACGAAAUCGUAGGUCAUCGAUACAGUCGAUACCGGAAGAGCUGGAAGAAAUACUGAGUGUACCGUCGAAAGAAAGAAUCUCUGCUGUAAGCAGCAAGAAGCAAGCUGCACAGACUACUAGACAGAGAAGAGCCGCGAGUGUUGAGCUCUCGCAAGCGGACACAAACAAGAGAACCAAGAGCACUCGUGGUAAACGUAUCCUAAAGGAGACUAUAGUCGAAGAGGAAGCGACAGAAGUGGAGGCUCAAGCGAGCGCAAAGGGUUCUAAGCUCAAAAAGGCUGCUUCGAGAAAAAAGAAUACGUUGUCGGACGCACAGGGAGUGAACGAGAGUCUGCCAAGAACAAAAAAGGGUAGAAAACUGAGUGAGAAAGAGGAUGUUGAUAGUCAGUUUUCAUUUUCACAACCGGACAAAGGAGAUGAUCCACCAUUGGAUCAAAAAGUCAUUGGAGAAGUGCCCAAUUAUGUCUUUUCACCGCCUCAUACCAGGUCGAAGACCAUGACUCCUGAUCACCGUAGGAGAAUAAAGAGUUUUGUUCCUAUUCUGAGUGAGGAUGAAGCAGAGGAGGAGGAGGAGGAAAAACUGCACAUUGUACAGAGAACUUCACAAUUUAAGAGAACGGGUAAUUACAUUCGGAUCACUGUAAAUCAUUGUAGGACAAAAUUUGUGUUCCCUAAAAGAUCGAACAGCACGUCGAAUUGAAAAGUAAAAGGUUUUGUAAAAUUUUCUUCUACACCGGUUCCCCACUUUUGAAUGGGUUACACAUGGCCAUAUUUAUGAUCAUUAGUAGAUUAUUUGUUUUUCCGCCUGG